CUCCCAGAUUCCUUUGCCUUGUAAGGCUAAAGGCCUGCGUGGCUGCCUGAGGCACAAUGUUGACCUUAUUGGCUGAGUCAUGAACAGGGAGGUGUGGUGAAGACGCUGAAACGUUAAACAAACGGCCUGUGCUGUGGGAGAAGCAGGAGCAAGACCAAGGCUCACGCUGAACCUGCUGCCACUCAACACUGAGGUCAAAACCCUUCAGCCAAAAUGUCUGCCGCCAAGCGUGCCAAGGGGAAGACGACGAAGAAGCGUCCCCAGAGGGCGACUUCCAACGUCUUUGCUAUGUUCGACCAGUCCCAGAUCCAAGAGUUCAAAGAGGCAUUCAAUAUGAUUGACCAGAACCGUGAUGGCUUCAUUGAUAAGGAGGAUCUUCACGACAUGCUUGCUUCUCUUGGAAAGAACCCGUCAGAUGAGUACCUGGAGGGUAUGAUGAGUGAGGCUCCAGGUCCAAUCAACUUCACCAUGUUCCUCACCAUGUUUGGGGAACGACUCAACGGCACUGAUCCUGAGGAUGUCAUACGGAAUGCCUUCACCUGCUUUGACGAGGAUGGCUCAGGCUUUAUCCAUGAGGACCAUCUUCGUGAACUCCUGACCACCAUGGGCGACCGUUUCACAGAUGAGGAGGUUGAUGAGCUUUUCCGCGAGGCACCAAUUGACAAGAAAGGAAACUUCAAUUACACAGAGUUCACCCGCAUCCUCAAACACGGUGCCAAAGACAAGGAUGACAUGUAAAAAAAAAAGGAUACCAGAUUCAUCUGAAAUCAGGACUAUUCUCAAAAUGCUGAUUGUAUGCUGAUGACUUUACUGUGUCUGCAUAAGUACUCUGGGCAUUCUUUUGCACACACAGAUUAAGUCUAAUGCUGGACUAGAGAGCUAUUUACAUGUACACUGGUGCUUGAAAGUUUGUGAACCCUUUAGAAUUUUCUACAUUUCUGCAUAAAUAUGAUCUAAAACAUUAUCAGAUUUUCACACAAGUCCUAAAAGUAGAUAAAGAGGACCCAGUUAAACAAAUGAGACAAAAAUAUUAUACUUGGUCAUUUAUUUAUUGAGAAAAAUGAUCUGAUAUUACAUAUGAGUGGCAAAAGUAUGUGAACCUCUAGGAUUAGCAGCUAAUUUGAAGGUGAAAUUAGAGUCAGGUGUUUUCAAUCAAUGGGAUGACAAUCAGGUGUGAGUGGGCACCCUGUUUUAUUUAAAGAACAGGGAUCUAUCAAAGUCUGAUCUUCACAACACGUUUGUAGAAGUGUAUCAUGGCACGAACAAAGGAGAUUUCUGAGGACCUCAGAAAAAGCAUUGUUGAUGCUCAUCAGGCUGGAAAAGGUUACAAAACCAUCUCUAAAGAGUUUGGACUCCACCAAUCCACAAUCAGACAGAUUGUGUACAAAUGGAGGAAAUUCAAGACCAUUGUUACCCUCCCCAGGAGUGGUCAACCAACAAAGAUCACUCCAAGAGCAAGGUGUGUAAUAGUCGGCGAGGUCACAAAGGACCCCAGGGUAACUUCUAAGCAACUGAAGGCCUCUCUCACAUUGGCUAAUGUUAAUGUUCAAGAGUCCACCAUCAGGAGAACACUGAACAACAAUGGUGUGCAUGGCAGGGUUGCAAGGAGAAAGCCACUGCUCUCCAAAAAGAACAUUGCUGCUCAUCUGCAGUUUGCUAAAGAUCACGUGGACAAGCCAGGCUAUUGGAAAAAUGUUUUGUGGACGGAUGAGACCAAAAUAGAACUUUUUGGUUUAAAUGAGAAGUGUUAUGUUUGGAGAAAGGAAAACACUGAAUUCCAGUAUAAGAACCUUAUCUCAUCUGUGAAACAUGGUGGUGGUAGUAUCAUGGUUUGGGCCUGUUUUGCUGCAUCUGGGCCAGGACGGCUUGCCAUCAUUGAUGGAACAAUGAAUUCUGAAUUAUACCAGCAAAUUCUAAAGGAAAAUGUCAGGACAUCUGUCCAUGAACUGAAUCUCAAGAGAAGGUGGGUCAUGCAGCAAGACAACGACCCUAAGCACACAAGUCGUUCUACCAAAGAAUGGUUAAAGAAGAAUAAAAUUAAUGUUUUGGAAUGGCCAAGUCAAAGUCCUGACCUUAAUCCAAUCAAAAUGUUGUGGAAGGACCUGAAGUGAGAAGUUCAUGUGAAGAAACCCACCAACAUCCCAGAGUUGAAGCUGUUCUGUAGAGAGAAAUGGGCUAAAAUUCCUCCAAGCCGGUGUGCAGGACUGAUCAACAGUUACCAGAAACAUUUAGUUGCAGUUAUUGCUGCACAAGGGGGUCACACCAGAUACUGAAAGCAAAGGUUCACAUACUUUUGCCACUCACAGAUAUGUAAUAUUGGAUCAUUUUCCUCAAUAAAUAAAUGACCAAGUGUAAUAUUUUUGUCUCAUUUGUUUAACUGGGUUCUCUUUAUCUACUUUUAGGACUUGUGUGAAAAUCUGAUGAAGUUUUAGGCCAUAUUUAUGCAGAAAUAUAGAAAAUUCUCAAGGGUUCACAAACUUUCAAGCACCACUGUAUCUUUUCCAUAACAUCAUUUAGUCUAUUUUGCCAGGCUUAAUGUACAUCUGCAAAACCAUUCCCUGACCAGCUUCAUAAGGGCUUAAUUCUGUCACGUUUACUGUAUAGUGAUAUCAUUAUAAGCCUAAAGGCAAAAAAAAGGACCCACCAACAGCUGUGGAAUGAGCACUGUUUUAAAUUUGGUCAUGAACCCAAAUAUCUUUCUCUGUUUAUUUGUUGAACACAAAAGAAAGAUUAAAACUGAACUAAAUAGUA